GCAUUAAUGAGAUUAUUUUAAAAUAUAUAAUUAAUAAAAAAAAAAUUUAAAAGUCAGAUUAAGCCAUAAAUAUAUUAUUAAAGAGACUAAAAAAAUAAAAUAAAGUGUAAAUAUCAUAAAUUAUUUCAGCACAUUUACCCUACCAAUGAAUUGCAAAAGUAAACAUUGCGUUCACCUUCAAGGAAAAAUAUUUUUUAAAUAAUUGGCUAAAAGAAAAAAAAAUAAGGAACAAAAAUAUUUUGUUUCAGAUAUUAUUAAAUAUUUCACUUCAUUAAUUUCAUACAGUCAUUAAAUUUAAAAGUGAAAGGAGACAAAAUUUUUUUGUCUUAAAAAAAAAAACUAAUUGGGUUCAAAAACAAAAAUAAAAAAUAAUAAUAUAUUCGAUGUUUAUACUUUAGUUGGAUAAAAGUGCAAUUUUCGUUGUGAAUUUUUGAACAUUUGAAAAAUAAAUUAGGAGAUAAGGUCAUUUUCCAGUCUGGAUGUUGAAUUUGUUCAUGAGUGAAAGAGAUAAAAAUAAAACAACAACAACAACAACAUGAAUACAUACGAGAAUUUAAAAGUCAACUUUUACCUGUCGUAUUAUUUGAGAAUAAAUUGUAAAAUUGUUAAGUGGGGAGAUUGAAGUCUAAGUCUUACAUCUCAAGUCUUGGUCACUUGUUGGCUAUCCAUCAGUAAUCAUUCAACCAUUUCAAUCAACGGAUGAUUUGAUUUUCUUAUCAUUUAAAGAUGGCGAAAAUGGCAAUUGAUAAUAAUGUUCCAAGUAACAUACAAUCUUAUUACAAAGAUAAAACAAUAUUCAUAACUGGUGGAUCAGGAUUAAUGGGAAAAGUAUUAAUUGAAAAAUUAUUAUACAAUUGUAGUAAUCUCAAUAAAAUAUAUAUAUUAUUGAGAUCAAAACGUGGACGUACACCAGAACAACGUCUUGAUGAUAUGUUUAAAUUACCGAUGUUUGAAAGAAUACGUGAAUCAAAACCUGAAGUUUUAAAAAAAUUAAUACCACUCUCUGGUGAUGUGACAAUGAAUAAUUUGGGUUUAACAACAAAACAAUGUGAAUUACUUGGAAAUGAAGUUGAAAUAAUAUUUCAUUGUGCAGCAACAUUAAAGCUAGAAGCAAAAUUAAAAGAUGCUAUUGAUAUGAAUACUGUUGGUACAUCAUACAUGCUUAAACUAGCUAAAACAAUGAAAAAAUUAAAUGUAUUUUUACAUUUAAGUACAGCAUUUUGUCAUGUUGAUUGUGAUGAAUUAGGUGAACGUGUUUAUGAUUCACCAGAUGAUCCAAAUGAAGUUAUGAGAACAGUUAAAUGGCUUAAAGAUGAUGCACUUGAUCUUCUAACACCAAAACUUUUGGAGCCUCAUCCAAACACAUAUACAUAUUCAAAACGACUUGCUGAAACAUUGGUUGCGAAUGAGUAUCCAAAUUUGCCUUGCGUAAUUGCUAGACCCUCGAUUGUUACACCAGCAUGGGAAGAACCAUUGCCUGGAUGGGUUGAUAAUUUAAAUGGACCAGUUGGACUUAUUGUUGGUGCUGGUAAAGGUGUCAUUAGAUCAAUGCAUUGUAAUGGCUCAUAUCAUGCUGAGGUAAUACCAGUUGAUUAUGCAAUAAAUGCUAUGAUUUCAAUUGCACAUAAAGUUGGCAGUAUGACUUCAAGAAAAAAAAACAUACCAGUUUAUAAUGUAACACAAAGUCGAGUUAUUCCAAUCACAUGGGCACAAGUUUUGGAAAAAGGAAAAAAAAUUGCAUAUAAAUAUCCAUUUGAAGGAGCAAUUUGGUUUCCAGAUGGUGACAUAAGAAGCAGUAAAUUUAUACAUAAUUUAUUUGUUUUAUUUUUUCAUAUAUUACCAGCGUAUUUUAUUGAUUUUCUCAUGGUGAUAUUUAGACAAAAACGUUUCAUGGUGAGAAUUCAAAAGAGAAUAAGUGAUGGUCUUGAGGUACUUCAAUAUUUUACAACAAGAGAUUGGAUAUUUCAUAAUACAAAUUUAUUAAAUUUAUGGAAUGAAAUGAGUACUCAGGAUAAAAAAUUAUUUUCAUUUGAUUUUGUAUUGCUAGCAUCGUCUGAUGAUGAGUACAUUAAAAAAGUUAUUCUCGGUGCAAGACAAUAUUGUAUGAAAGAAAAAUUGGAAACUUUACCAAGAGCAAGAAUUCAUCAAAAAGUACUCUACGUUGUACAUUUAAUUGCAGUUUAUUCAUUUUAUUUUGCUGUUUUAUCAUGGAUUGUUAAAAAUGUUGAAUUUGCAAAAUACUCAAUGGAUUAUAUUACUGAAAAAAUGAAAUUCUUGCCAAUCGUUGGAUAUCUUGUUGGCAAAGCAGCUCCAGUAUAAAUAAAUAUAAAAAAAUAAUUAUUAUCACCAACACCAUUUAAACUAUAUAAAAUUGUGCAUUUUAUUAUUAUUUUUAUAUUUUUUAAAUUUUAUUAUAAAUAAUUAAUCAAAUAAGCAAAAAAAAAAAAUAACAAGAUAAUACUUUUUACAAAUAAUUGCUUAUAAUUAAAUAAAUUUAUAAGAGGGAUUUUACUAAUUAUCAUUGUUUAAAGAAAAAUAUAAUUACGAAAGACAUUAUUGUUUUAUUAAUAUAAAUAAAAGUGGGUUUAUUUUUUAUUUUAUUUUAUUUAUUAAUCAUCCUUAAAUACUAAACAAAUCUUAUACGAUUCGAUAUCACUCAAUUUUUAUAUUGUUGGUCAUUUUCAUUUUUUUUUUUUUUUUUUCAAUAUUUUUAAAAAUUCUGUUGAGUUUAAAUCGUUGCUAUGAUGCAUUAAUAUUCAUAAAGAAUAUAAUUUACAUUCUAAAUGACUUUUUUAUUUUUUUACUUUUUACUUUUGGUGAAACAAUAAACAACUUAAUAAUAAUAAAAAAAAAAAGAAAAAAACAAUUUAAUAAUAUAUACUUAACAAAUUUUUUACAUUUUUAAAAAUAAUUAAAUGAAUGGAUUUAUUAAAUUAAAAAAAAAAAGAAAACAAUUAUUUAAAACCAUUGCACAUACACCUUGUAUGUAAUGAAAAAUAACCUGAGAUUGUUUUUUUUUUUUCUUCUGUUUUUAGUAUAUUUUAAUUGCCAGAAGUGCAAGCAAGUGAAAAUAGAGAUGGCUCAGUUUUAAUAUAGUUUGAAUAAAUAUUAUUUUUACUGUCAAUUGGUUGACAAAGUAACAUUUUCAAUGCUUGUGUUGCUCUUUCUUCAUAUAAAUAAUCAAUCGAUAAAUUAUUA